GACGUCACGAUGAAAGUCAUAAUCGCUUUAUGCCUGGUUGGGGUGAGCCUCUCCUCCCCCGUGAACCCCCCCGUCUAUUCUGGCUACAACCCCUCCCCCCAGGCCUACGACCCAGCCCCCGCGUACCCCAGCUACCCCGCCCCCCAGGUCGAGCAGUACCAGCCGGAACCGCCAAAAUAUUCCAGGGAUCCUGACUAUGAAGACGAACAGGAUCUCAACAGCAUCCCAGGCGAGCCCGGCAAGGACUACCCCGUGCACGCCGUCAUCCCCAACACGGGCUUCUCCUGCAGCGAGAGACUACCGGGCUUCUACGCCGACGAAGCCGCGAACUGCCAGGUGUGGCACUACUGCAAGACGGACGGCCUGGUGGAGUCCUUCCUGUGUCCCAACGGAACCAUCUACAACCAGGAGAACCGAGUGUGUGAGUGGUGGUUCAACGUGCAGUGUGAUGCCGCUGUGAUCGCUGCCCAGGCUAAGGUAAAUGAAGAUCUGUACAUUGUCCCACCACCAAAGGAAGAAAACGAAUAUUCUCCAGCAGCCCAGUACAAGCCAAAACCUCAGUACCAACCAGAACCCCAGUACCAACCGGAACCUCAGUACCAGCCAGAACCCCAGUAUGAACAGCCCCCUCAGAACUACUAUAGUUAAUCCUUGAACUCCGUUUUCUGUGAUGACUGGAGAGGGAUCGUUAGUGUAAUGUUAAUGUUGAAAUGUUGCCUCGUGUAUUUUGUUUGUUUGUCUUUUAUCAUAGAUAUGUAUUUGUGUAAAAUUUUAUGUUAUAUAUGUCAAACUGUGUAUCCUGAUGUAAUUAAUUUUAAUUGCCUACUGUUUAUAAGCUGAAAAUAUUUAUGUAAUUGUAGCAUCUUUCAGUAUGCUAUUUUUAAUUAUCAUAAUUUAUAUGUCUUCUAAAUCUGGCAUAUGGAAGACCAACAGGCGAAAAGAUAUAUCUAGACAAACGCACAAAUUGUUCUAGUAUGUAGGCCGACGAUGGAUAUUAGCUAUAGGCCAAUUUAUUUUGUUAAUAAAAUUAUUCAAAUCUGA